UACACUUCUUCUCAUUGGUAAACUAAUUACAACAAAUUUAUAAUUUUGCUUAUUACGUAUCUCCUAUAAAUCGCAGUUCUUUAGUUUAUUGUUCAGUCUGAGUUGAUAGAUUGACAAGAAUGGCAUCAAACAGCCAUGGCUCAUGGUGGGAGGAAGUGAUCAGCAAGAAACACGAGCUUGCUCUUACAUGCCUUGCGGUUAUGGCUUUGCCGCUAGUAAUUCUGUGGUUCAAAAGGGUCCUUUCAAGCUCUCAAAAGGGCAUACCGCCAUUGCCACCUGGUCCCUAUGGCCUCCCACUAGUUGGCUACCUUCCAUUUCUUGGCCCCCGUUUGCACCAUGAACUCACAAAAAUGGCUCACAGAUAUGGUCCCAUUUUCAAACUCCACCUUGGAAGCAAGCUCCACAUCGUGGUGAACUCCGCAGACCUAGCAAAAGUCAUAACAAAUGAGCAGGAUGAGAGUUUUGCUAACCGAGCUCCUCAUAUUGCUGGACUAGCAACAAGUUAUGGUGCCAAUGAUAUAGCAUUUGCAGAUAACAACGCUAACCGGCGUAACCUACGUAAAAUUUUGGUGCAUGAAAUCUUAAGCAAUGUGAAUCUUGAAGCUUCGCAUGCUUAUCGUCGACGUGAGGUCAGAAAGACCAUCAAAAGUGUUCAUGAUAUGAUCGGUAUGCCAGUUGACAUUAACGAGAUGUCAUUCUCAGCAGUUAUGAAUGUCUUAACAAGCAUCGUAUGGGGGAAUGGUAUUGUGGAAGGGACAAAAGAUAGUAAUCUUGGGGAGGAGAUACGAAAAGUCGUAUCUGGGCUUGUUGAUAUUGCAGAAGGGCUAAACAUCUCUGAUUUCUUCCCAAAACUCGCGAGGUUUGAUCUUCAGGGCGUUGAGCAAAAGAUGAAGAGGAAAAUGAAGCAGUUCGACUGGAUAUUUGAGACAACUAUCGAAGAGAGAAUCAACCUCAAAUCCACACAUGGCGAAGAUGCACUGAAGCAUGAAGGAAGAAAAGAUUUUCUACAGAUCUUGUUAGAGCUUAAAGAUAAAAAAUCAAUCAGCAUGACUCAACUGAAAGCCCUCGUUGUGGAUAUUUUUCUAGGAGGAACAGAUGCAACUUCAGCUAUGGUGGAAUGGGCAAUGGCAGAGAUUUUGAAAAAUCAAAAGGUAAUGAAAAAAGUGCAAGAUGAAUUGGCUGAAAUAGUAGGGUUAAAGAACAUGGUCGAAGAAUCCCAUCUCCCGAAAUUGAUGUAUCUUAAUGCCACUUUCAAGGAAACAUUCCGUUUACAUACUCCAUUGCCUUUCCUGCUUCCACGAACUCCAAGUAAGUCUUGCAUUGUCGGGGGAUACCUAAUUCCUAGGGAUUCUACAGUGUUUUUGAAUGUAUGGGCGAUACAAAGAGAUCCUCAACAUUGGGAGAAUCCAUCUGAAUUCAACCCUGAGAGGUUCUUGAACUAUGAGGGAUCAGGGAAAUGGGAUUAUAGUGGGACAAAUUCUAAGUAUUUCCCAUUUGGAUCGGGUAGAAGAAGGUGCCCAGGAAUUCCCUUGGCUGAGAAGAUGAUGUUGCAUAUUUUGGCUUCAUUAUUGCACUCAUUUGAUUGGAGUUUGCCUAAGGGCGAAGACCAUGAUCUUUGUGAGAAAUUUGGCAUUGCCUUGAAGAAAAAAAAGCCACUCGUCGCUGUCCCAUCUCCAAGAUUAAUCGACUUAAGCCUUUACAUGUGACAUUGUUUAAAUUCAGUUACGCUUUUACAUGUGAUCUUAUCUAAAUUCAGUUGAGUCUUUUACAUCAUAUUUAUCUAAGUCCAUUUAAGCCUUUACAUGUGAUUUAUUAAAGUUCAAUUUAGCCUUUACAUGUGACAUGGA